AUAUCCGCACAUAUGUAUCGAUUUAGCUAUGUAGCUAUCGAUUUUUUGAACAAUCGGUAGCAUCAACAUUGAAUUGAAGAAACCAGUUGGAUUGCAUUUCGCAAUAAAUUGGCAAAGGAGGAUCUGGUCAGACAGCAGGACAUGGAGGGAGUGACGCCGCGGUUAAAAGUGGUGAAAGAGGCGUUGCACGCCAAUGGGAACAGUUGCACCAACGUGGAGGCCACCAAUUCGGCCAUUUUAAAAGUGCUGACGCGCGUGAAUCGCUUUCAAUUGCGCGUCCGCAAGCACAUCGAUGACAAUUACACGGAGUUUAUGCCCAACCACACGUCGCCGGACAUUUUCCUGGAGGAGUCGGCGUCCUUAAAUCGAGAGAUUCAGGAACUCCUCAAGACGGUGGACUCUGAGGGCUUGGGCGCCUUGAACGACGCGAAUGCCAAGUUGGCGGAUAGCGGCAGGCAGCUGCGAGAGAUCCUUUUGGGUCUCGGUGUCAGCGAGCAUGUCCUUAGGAUCGACGAUCUGUUCCAGUGCGUGGAGGAUGCUAAGGCGAACAAGGAUUAUUCGGUUAUUCUAGAUCUUGUUGGCCGUUUGCGGGCAUUCAUCUAUGGCGAUGAUUCCGUUAACGAGAACGCACAGGUGGCCACGCCAGAGGUUCGACGCAUCUUUCAGACCCUCGAGUGCUACGAGACCAUCAAGGUGAAGUACCAUGUGCAGGCACAUCUGCUGCAGCAGAGCCUUCAGGAGCGCUUCGAUCGACUGGUGCAACUGCAGUGUAAAUCCUUUCCCACAUCGCGAUGCGUCACCUUGCAGGUGAGCCGGGAUCAAUCGCAGCUGCAGGAUAUUGUGCAGGCCCUCUUCCAUGAACCCUACAAUCCGGUACGCCUCUGCGAAUUCCUGCUGGACAACUGCAUCGAACCGCUGAUCAUGCGGCCAGUGAUGACCGAGUAUAGCGAAGAAGCCAAUGAUGGCACCUACAUCCGAUUGUCGCUUUCGUACGCCACCAAGGAGUCAAGCUCAUCGCAACUCCGUCCGAAUUACAAGCAAGUUUUGGAGAACCUGAAGCUGCUGUGGCAGACGCUGGCUGGGAUCAACUGUAGUGUAUUCAGCGAGCAACAUGUUUUUGCCAUUAUUGGCGAUCAUGUGAAGGAUAAAAUGCUGCAAUUACUGGUGGAUGAGUGCCUGAUGCCAGCUGUACCCGAAACCAUGGAGGAGUAUCAGGCUUCUACGCUGUGUGAGGAUGCUAUGCAGCUGGAGCAGCUGCUGGUAGACUCAUUCAUCAUCAAUCCAGAGCACGAUCGAGCUCUAAGUCAGUUUGUCGAGCAGUAUGAGACCUCCUACCGCAAUCGGCUGUUUUGUCGGGUUCUGGAAACGGCGCGCGAGAUCAUCCAGCGAGAUUUGCAGGACAUGGUGCUGGUCGCGCCCAACAAUAACCCUGCCGAAGUGACAAACGAUCCUUUCCUCUUCCCACGCUGCAUGAUCUCAAAAAGUGUUCAGGAUUAUGUCAAACUGAUGGACCGCAUUCUCCGGCAGCCCACGGACAAGUCGGGCGAUAAAGAAGUCGAACCCACAGCCGGCAUCAUUCCUGUCAUGCUACACACGUACAUCGAUGAGGUGCCCAAGGUGCACCGCAAACUGCUCGAGAGCAUACCACAGCAGGCCGUGCUGUUCCACAACAAUUGCAUCUUCCUCACGCACUGGGUGGCUCAGCAUGCCAACAAGGGCAUCGAAAGUUUGGCGGCGCUAUCCAAGACACUGCAGGCCACCGGUCAGCAGCAAUUCCGUGUACAGGUUGACUACCAAUCCUCAAUCUUAAAGGGCAUCAUGCAGGACUUUGAGUUCGAGAGUCCGCACACAUUGGGCUCUGGCCCACUGAAGCUGGUGCGCCAGUGCCUUCGCCAGCUGGAGCUGCUAAAGCACGUGUGGUUGAACGUGCUCCCUGAGACUGUGUAUAAUGCAACCUUCUGCGAGCUGAUCAACACAUUUGUCACCCAUCUAAUCCGACGAGUGCUCACGCUGCGCGACAUUUCCGCACCGAUGGCCAGUGAGCUGAGCGACCUCAUUGACGUGGUGCUGCAGCGGGCGCCCACGCUCUUCCGCGAGCCAAACGAGGUGGCCCAAGUUCACUCUUGGCUUAAGCUGCAGCAGCUGAAGGCGAUGAUGAACGCGUCGCUCAUGGAGGUCACAGAGCUGUGGGGCAACGGCGUCGGCCCGCUGACCGCCAGCUACAAGUCAGAGGAGAUAAAGCAUCUAAUCCGAGCGUUGUUCCAGGAUACCGAUUGGCGAGCUAAGGCCAUUACGCAGAUUGUAUAGGCUCCAUACCAGGUUGUAUGCGGGUUUUUUCGAACUGCGAAUUCGAGAAUUAUGGUGGCUAUGCUUAUAUUUCGGUUAGAAAACGGAGUCUGAAUUUGAAGAUUACCAUGAUGUGUCCUUACUGAGUAAUAUUUGAAUUAUUGUUUGAAAAAUUUACUACAAAUGCCAAAAGAAAUACAUUUGGAUAAUCUUUAAUUCUCCGAAUGGUUUCUAUUGUAAUUAGAGAAGUAAUAAUAUCAGAUUUACUACUUCACUUUCCUAUCCACAAAAAGUCGGUCCAUUA